AUCGCACUCGCACGACCGUACUGUCAAAGUUAAUUGUCAAUUGUCAAACCUCCCGCGAUGCCGAAGCGUCGUGCUAGUAGCAAAUAAAAUUUAUAAAAUUGUAAUUAAACAUUACGUUCGGUUAUAGUUAAUUUGUGUUAAGUGUAUUUUCUAUUUUCGACAUGUUGGUGCUAUUCGAGACGCCGGCGGGAUACGCUAUAUUCAAGUUGUUAGAUGAAUCGAAGUUAUCUCAGAUAGAUGACUUGUAUCAAGAGUUCAACACUCCAGAGGGAGCGUCAUCUGUGGUGAAACUAAAGAAUUUCAUUAAGUUCGAAGACACUACGGAAGCCUUAGCUGCCACGACAGCGGCUAUCGAAGGAAAAAUUUCCAAAACAUUAAAAAAAGCUCUCAAAAAACAUGUUUGCAAAGAGGUCCAAGAUCAAUUGCUCGUCGGAGAUGCAAAACUGGGAAGUGCAAUUAAAGAAAAGUUUGAUCUGCAGUGUGUCUCUAAUUCCAACGUUCAAGAACUCUUGAGAUGCAUUCGUUCACAAAUGGACAGUUUACUUACUGGACUGCCUAAGAAAGAAAUGACUGCUAUGGCUCUAGGUCUUGCCCAUUCACUCUCCAGAUAUAAACUUAAAUUUUCACCGGACAAAAUAGAUACAAUGAUAGUCCAAGCUCAGUGUCUUCUCGAUGACUUGGACAAGGAAUUGAAUAAUUACGUCAUGAGGUGUCGAGAAUGGUACGGUUGGCAUUUCCCCGAGCUGGGAAAAAUUAUAACAGACAAUACAUUGUUCGUUAAAAUUGUUAAAUUAAUGGGAACUCGUGAUAACGCAGCUAAGACGGAUUUGUCAGAUAUCCUUCCGGAAGAUUUAGAAGAGAAAGUUAAAGAAGCAGCGGAAAUAUCGAUGGGAACCGAGAUCUCUGACGAUGAUAUCAUGAACAUACAAAAUCUAUGUGAGGAGAUCAUUUCGAUAACGGACUAUAGGACACAUUUGACAGAUUAUCUCAAAGCUAGAAUGAUGGCGAUGGCACCGAACUUAACAGUUCUGAUCGGUGAACACAUCGGAGCCAGAUUAAUAGCACAUUCAGGUUCACUGAUGAACUUAGCCAAGCAUCCGGCAUCUACGAUACAGAUACUCGGAGCGGAAAAGGCUUUGUUCAGAGCAUUAAAAACGAAGAAAGACACACCUAAAUAUGGUUUAAUUUACCACGCUCAGUUGGUAGGGCAAUGUAGUACAAGGAAUAAAGGUAAAAUGUCAAGAAUGUUAGCAGCUAAAGCAGCUUUAGCCACUCGUGUCGAUGCCUUAGGCGAUGAUGUGUCGUUUGAACUCGGGGCCGAACAUAAAGUCAAAUUAGAAAACAAAUUAAGGCUUAUGGAAGAAGGUAAUCUAAGGAGGAUAAGUGGGACGGGCAAGGCUAAAGCGAAAUUCGAGAAAUACCACAGUAAAACCGAGGUUACUGAAUACCCCGUCGCUGCUGAUAGCACACUUGGAAAGAAACCCGUCAAGAGAGAACAUUCUCCCGAAGAAAUGGACGGUGUGAUUUCUAGUAAAAAGAUGAAAUUGGACCCGGACAGAGUUGAUAUCAAGCCUAAAAAAGAGAAGAAGGUCAAAUCAGAUCCCCAAGAAGAGAUGGAAGUAAGUCAAGAAAACGGAACAGCAGACGGUAGUUCAGAGAAGAAGAAAAAGAAAAAGAAGAAAUCUCUAGAACCUGAAGCAGCAGAAGCUGAAGUAAAGACUGAGGCAGAAGAGACGCCCGUUCAAAAGAAGAAAAAGAAGAAGUCCCUCGAGCCAGAAGCGGCAGAAGCAGAAGUAGCGGAAGAACAAGCAACGCCUGUCAGCGAAAAGAAAAAGAAGAAAAAGAAGUCUAAAGUAGAAGACGAAUAAACCUCCAAUUACCUCUAAGAAGUAUUGUGUAUGAGUGCAUCUGAAAACUUGAGUCCUAAGACACUUAGUAUUUUUGUACUAUAUAUAAAAAAAAUUCAUGAUAAAUACGUGAUAUACCAUAUUUUAAUGCUGUUUGACAUUAAUAUCGACUCUGGCAACAUUAGCUUUUCAUAUUAUCUUUACAAUUGUAGCUUUUUGCCUUAUUGUAUGUAGCUAAAUAUAUCCAUUGGUUGAAAUAAUUCGUUAGUAAUAUUAAUAAUUGAGUUAUUCUUGUUUUUAUUAUGUUAUUAAGCUUUUAAUUUCUAAGUGUCUGGAUGAGUUUUGUUCUUUUCUGUGUUGAGUAAGGCUGAGGUCGCAUUUGUUGAGUCUGCACCGAUGACUUGUUACAUAUAAAAAUAAGUUGAAAAUAGGGGGUAAUUUCUAAUGCCAGAGCCCAAACUGACCAGCCGUCGAAGCGAUAUGGAAAAAUUGAAAUUUUGUGAUACAUUUGAAAAAAUGCUGGACAUGUUUUGAUGUAGAUUCAGUAAAUAAAAAGAAUAUUUUACGAAAAAUUUUAAUUAUAAACGCAGUUUUUUUUUUUUUUUUCGAAAUAGUGCUACGUUCAAUCGACGUAUUGAUGUGACAUCUGUUUAUGGAAAUGUUUCUAGUUUUUAAGUAUAAAAUAAUCUCAAUGUGAGAUUUUUAUUAAAAAUAUUAAUUAUA